CUUGUUGCACUGCCGCCGAGGGGGAGCUGCCGGACGAGCCACCAGCUCCCCUCCGUCCUCCCGCCGCUCCGUACCGGUCCAGCUGCACCCUGUCCGAUCCGAUCCCCGGUGCCGUACGGGCUCCUGCGUGGAAACCACCAGAGCCCAACCCGCCGCUCCUCUUCCUCCUCCUCCCCCUCCUCCUCCUCCGUAGCCGGGAGCAACACAGGACCGACGACGUCCCGUUGCUCCAGUCCCGCCAACCCGGCUGGAAGCGGCUCGGACGGCAGGCUGGUCCCCAGCAGAGGCUGUGUCCAGCGGACAGCGGGAGCUUCCCGGACCGGCCCGAGCGCCCACCUGUCUCCAGGAGGAGGCAACCUGAGCAGCAACCUUAGCAGCAACUUCACCAGCAACCUGAGCAGCAACCUGAGCAGCAACCUGAGCAGCAACCUGAGCAGCAACCUGAGCAGCAACUUCACACAACCUGAGCAGCAACCUGAGCAGCAACCUGAGCAGCAACCUGAGCAGCAACCUGAGCAUCAGCUCCACCAGAGACAGCUCGGCCAGCAACUCAGCACCCUGAGGCUCCCCGAGGGGGCGCUGAGUACCAGCAAGUCCAGCCGGAGCCUCAGGGACCACUGUGAGCAGGGACCAGCAACCGGGUCCCAACACCGGGUCCCCAACCUGCACGACACCAGGUCCCCAACAACCUGCCCAACAACCGACCCAACACCUCCAGUCCCCCGUCACCCGGACUGCCGGGGUCUGGGAGCUGAGUGGGACUGUGGCGCUCCUGCAGACUCCUGGCAUGUCCUGUCGAAGUCGUCCCAGAUGCCGCUGUCCAACAUCACGUGCCCACCGUCCAUCUCCAGGGUGCCCAGCAGCAUGGAGGGCAUCAACCACGAGCUGGAUAAGGUCUUCAUCAGAGACGGCGAGAAGGAGGAGCUGAAGUCCCUGGAGGUGCCGGACGGCCGCCGGGCGCCCUUCCCCCAGCAGCGCGGCGGGACCCCCGGACCCCUCGGCCCCCGACGCUCCAGCAGCUGCUCCAGCCUGUCGCCCUGCCCCUCGCCCGCCUGCCCCCCCUCGCACGGCAGCCCCUACUCCACCGUGGAGCUGCUGUACGACCGCGCAAAGUCAGCCAGAGACAGUGGAAGCAGCUCUCCACUGCCCAAGUUCGCAUCGUCCCCCAAACCCAACAACAGCUACAUGUUCAAGCGCGAGCCGCCGGAGGGCUGCGAGAAGGUCCGGGCCUUCGAGGAGAUGAGCUCCAGGUCCUCGUCCUCGUCCUCGUCCUCCGCUCCGCUCUUCUCCUGUCCGGAUAAGAACAAGGUCAACUUCAUCCCGACCGGCUCCGCCUUCUGCCCCGUCAAGCUGCCGGCCGCCGCGGCCCCCCCCGACGGCCCCUCCUACGGCCCUCAGGUCUCCAGCACCAGCACAGAGGACCCCCCGGACGAGGCCGGCCCCCACUCAGAGACUGCAGAGCCCCACACAGACGGCCCCCCCAGCAGCUAAGACCCCGAGCAGAGCCGGCCUCUGGCUGCGGACCACCACACACCGCUGCCCCCCCCCCCCUCCCAGGUCCGGGCUGACCCUCAACCAACCACCUUCUGUCUGCAUGACGUAGCAGCAAUGUCCCCAAAUCCACCACCAAGGGUCACCCCCCCCCCCCCCCCCCCCCCCCCCCCCCACCCCCCCCCCGCCCCCGCCCACCCACCGCUCUGCUGAGUCCUGUGGGCUCCGGGGGUGCAGUUUAAACUGGUAAUAUAUUUGAUUAAAUUAUGUGUUUUCAACUUUCACAGUAAGAAUAAGCUUCACACACACACCACACACACACACACACACACACACACACACCACACACACACACACACCACUCUAUGAAAAGAUGAUGCUGGUUUGAAACCCCAGACUGUUUAGCAUGUUGCUCACAGCAGAACAGCUGAAGUGUUCAGGUCUAUGCCCCCCCCCCCAGGCAAGCCCCCCCCCCCCCCCUUGUCUCUCUUCAGGGAUCUCAGUCGGUCUGCUCUCAGGUCAACGUGGAACCAACAUCUGCAGGAGGGGGAGCUGUGUGUGUGUGUGUGGUGUGUUGUGUGUGUGUGUGUGUGUGUGGGUGUGUGUUGUGUGUGUGUGUGUGUGUGUUCUCGUAUUCUAUCCUUGUUGGGGCCAAAUGUCCCCACAAG